AUGGAUGAAAAUUUAGAAAAAGAUCAAAUCAUUAAACUUUUGGAUCUUCCCUACAACAGUGAGGACGAGUUUGGAGAAGUCAUUAAUGAAAACGACAUUGAUGAUGAAAUAAACGAUGAAGAACUUUUUGCCAAACUAAAUGAAGUACUCACUUUGCCAGCCAUCAAUUCAGUUGUUUCAGACAAUGAUGGUAUCAAUGAUAUGCCUAAUUAUUCCCCACAUAAUAUUGAUGAUUCGAAUGUGCUCGAUGACCUAGAACUGCAAAAUAACCCCGUUUCUGUUGAUACCAACGAUAAAGUAAGUGAACCACUACCAACCAGUGAAGUAUUGCCUGCAACCAAUAAUACUCCUACUGAAAUAUCUCACACAGAAUUGUCUACAGGUGUUGGUAAUCAGCAGAGUUCUAGGAAAAAUACCAAACAAAAGAUCACUAAAAAUAAACAAAAAACUCACAAAGUCAAAAGACCUCCUCAAAUUUGGAAGCAUGGAAAUUUUGAACUGGAUGAUGAACAAAUUAAAUUUAAAGGAAGUUACAAUCUACCUGAAGCUUUGACUGAAUUGAAACAUCCAUACAACUUCUUCAAAUAUUUUUUUAAUGAUGAGCUGAUUAGUAAAAUUUCUGCCGAGACUCUUCUCUACUCUACACAAAGGAAUCCAGCUAAACCAAAAACAUAUUCUAAUAGAGAUAUAGAAAGAUUUUUGGGAAUCAUAAUAUUCUCCUCGAUCUCUAACUGUACGAGCUUGAGAGACAUGUGGCACCCUAUUCGAGGACAUGAAACGAUUAUGAACUGUAUGGGUUUGAACAGUUUUGAAAACAUGCGCUCAAAUUUGCAUUUCAAUGAUAACUCCCAACAAGAAGCACCAACCGACCCAAAUCGUGAUCGUCUCUAUAAACUGAGGCCAGUUAUUGAUCAUCUCAAUUCAAAAUUCUUGUCUAUCCCAAUGAGAGCCACGUUAUCAAUUGAUGAGCAAACUUGUGCUACAAAGACAAAACAUUACAUGAGGUUGUAUAAUCCAAACAAACCCCAUAAAUGGGGCUACAAACUUUACGUUAUUUGCGAUGAUAAAGGCUUUGCUUACAAAUUUGAAAUUUAUACUGGUCAGUCAGAGGCACCUUUGAAUGGGGAACCUGAUCUUGGUACUACUGGAAAUCUUGUAGUAAGAUUAGCAAGAGAGGUCCCAAGAAAUGUCAAUUAUGCCAUAUAUUGUGAUAACUACUACUCAAGUCUGCCCUUGUUUUCAUACCUCCACAAAGAAGGGAUAUUCAUGCUGGGUACUUUUCGCAGGGACAGACUUCCGGAUUGCCCUUUCGAAGAAAAAUCAAUUAUGAUAAAAAGUUCGAGGGGAACUUGUGAUGAGUGGAUCACAGUCGUUGAUGACACUCCUAUAAGUGUCGUUUGUUGGCACGACAACCAGGUUGUCACGCUUGGUUCUACUUUCUGUGGAGCUCUCCCACUUGAAAAGAUAAAGAGGUAUGACAGGAAGAAUAAGAAAUAUAGUGAAAUUUCAUGUCCAAAGGUAGUAAAAAUCUAUAACAGGCACAUGGGUGGAGUUGACCAAAUGGACUCCCAUAUUGGCAGACACCACAUACGAAUGAAGAGCAAGAAGUGGUAUUUUCGACUGCUGUACCACUUAGUUGAUAUGGCGGUAGUAAACGCUUGGAUUCUUCAUUCUUCCAUGCAAGAAGAAAACAAAGUAAGCCAAAAGGAGUUUAGGACUGAACUGGCUGUCACCCUGUGCAGUAUAGGUAUGAAGGAAACUCCUAAAAGAGGAAGGCCGUCGUCAUCCCAGAACGAUCCAGAAGUAAAGAAGAGGAUGAAAGCUUCUUCAGCUCCCAGACCUCCUUUCCCUGUAGUGAAGGACAGAACCGACCAUUGGCCAAUCUGGGACGAUAAGAGGAACCGAUGUAAAAUGGACAAUUGUAAAGGAAACACAAACGUAAAGUGCAGCAAGUGCAACCUAAACCUGUGCUUCCAUUCCAAAAAAAACUGUUUUAAAGCAUACCACACUUGA